CCUACCAGGCCUUAAUGUUCAUAUAAAUAGAAGCCAAAUAACAGUCUGGUUAUCAUUGCAGUUCUUGCAGCUCUCCAGCAGCAAUAGCAAUUCUCCAGUACCAACUCUACGCCAGCAAUAAAAAUGAGCCGCAGUUUGAUCGUUGUUAGCUUGAUGGUUGUUUUGGCGUUGGCCUUGUUUGCAAUGGCCGAGGGCCGACGAGAGCGCCGGAAUAUCUUGGGGAUCGUUGGAAGCUUGUUGGGUGGAGGACACCAUCAUCAUCACCAUCAUGGCGGUUUCGGUGGACACCCUCACGGAGGUUUCGGCGGACACCAUCACGGCGGUUUCGGUGGACACCAUCAUGGCGGUUUCGGUGGACAUCAUCAUGGUGGUUUCGGUGGACAUCAUCAUGGAUUCGGUGGACAUCCCCAUGGAUUCGGCUUUUUGGGCUAAGAAGAAGUCGUUCCCUUCGACUUGUACAACUGAAAACUGACGUUAACGCCAAACGUCAUUGACUUCCUCGAUCACCAAAGGCUGGCAGAUUUAUUGUUUCAUUGUUAAUUUAAGUAUUCGUGUCAUUUGUGUACAUCUCGGCGUGAAUAUUUGUCAGUUUUUUUAAUUCCAUUAUACAGUGGCAAAUAAACCAUGUAAAUACGGAAAAAA